AUGAACCGAGUCGACCACAUCCGCAGCCUCGACGAUUAUUUCCACGAGCUGACGCGACUCCUCGAACGUGAGACAUGGGUAAAUGCCGAAUCUGCGGCCCAAUUGCUGUCAAUUCGGGACAAACACAGCGAGCUGAGAUUUCUACAGGUAGACCAGCUGGGAACUGCCAGAAAUCGACCGUACAUUGCGAUGGAGGCCUUUGAUUAUAUUGCUUGCUUUCAUACGCAGGUGCUCUAUUACCUCGAAAAAGGGAUGUACGAGGAAGCCUACCAAUCGCAGACCCAGAUUAUCCAAACCAUCAACACCGAGCUGAUGCCCAAGAUCAAGGAAUCCAACUGGUACAUGCCCAUUUUGUACGCGGCAGCUCGGGAUCUGCUCUACGUCGCAAAAUUGGCCGACGACCAAACGGGUGACCAAGACGACGAUGAUCAAGCGGAAAAGACUACUUUUUAUGAGGAUAGCGCGAAAUAUUUGAUGGAAAGCUACAGGACAUCGGUUACGGAUGCGCGUAAAGAACCACAAGCCACGAAAAAGAUCUCAAUGUUGAAUCUCACGAAUCAGCUGUUCCGGAUCUAUUUCAAGAUUAAUAAAUUGAACCUGUUGCGACCGUUGAUCCGCGCCAUCGACAAUGCCGGGAUUUUGUACGACUAUUUUUCGAUGGCCGACAAGGUCACCUACAACUAUUAUCUGGGGCAGAAGGCCAUGUUUGACAACGACUUGCCUCUUGCUGAGAAAGCGUUGACAUACGCAUUCAACAAUUGCCCGAGCGAUCGGUUGCACAACAAACGGCUCAUUUUGACGUUUUUGAUCCCAGUGAAGAUGUUCCUCGGCCAAAUGCCCAGCAUCGAAAUCCUCCAAAAAUACAAUUUGAACUCGUUUGUUGAGUUAGUAGAAUCCGUCAAAGAGGGCAAUUUGGCACGUUUGGACGCGGCCCUACAGCACAACGAGGAGUUUUUCAUUAGCUGCGGACUGUUCUUGAUCCUGGAGAAGCUUCGAUCGAUAGCUUUUCGGACGUUGUUUAAGAAAGUAGCUCACCUAAUUGGCGAUACACGUGGAAUUGAUGACGUCGACGAGGAUGAGCUGGAAUGUAUUGUGGCCACGCUUAUUGCUGAGAAAAAGAUCAAGGGCUACGUCUCGAAUGUGCAUCAAAUCCUCGUGCUCUCCAAGCAGACCCCGUUCCCGCCGCUGUCGCUGAUGAAG